AUGUUUGGAGAAAGAUUCACGCGUUUUGGAGGGUUUCAAGGAGAUUUUAACUUGGGACGAGCUCUUCCUCUUCCUCCUCCUGAUUUUGGUUCUGAUGGGUUUCUUACAAAGAGUCCAGACACAAACCCGUUUCUGAAGAAUCAGUGUUACAACAACAAAACUGGUGAUGCUCUGGAUUUGUGUAGAAAGCUUAACAAAAUGGGUAUCUCUUGUGACAUGAGCAUCUGGACCAAACCUGAAGAAGAACCUUUCCGGGUCGACCCGGGUGAUUUUGGGCCUAGAGCUAGAACUCUUCAUGGGUCUUCUGGGUUUGAGCAGGAGGAUCUGACUGGAGGAGCUGCUUCUCAGAUUCAUCAUGAUGGGUUUCGCAACUUUUCCUCUGUUCGUCUGCAAAACAACAACUUUCAUGGAGCUUCUUCUCCGGAAGAGCUUAGAUUGCUUGGCUUUCAAGGUUCCUUUAACCCAAAUGGGUAUGAAGAGACGAUGGCUUCUAAGACUCACAGAGAUUUCCUCUUCGACCAUAUCCAUCAACCCAUAAAGCGUUCUCCUCGUCUCAGAGGCAACAACGGUGCUUUCAAGGGUUCGUUGAUGUUUGAGGGAUUUAGGGCUUCUCAAACCCUAGCCGCCAUGGAAGGUUCUGGAGCUUAUUAUCCAGAAGAUAGUUCUCAUCUGAUGAGAAGGUAUCCAGAGGAUACUCUGAUCGGUCAAGGCUCUUAUGAUAGGAUGAGUCCAAAGAGCAGUAUUGAUUUGCCUUUGCCUCUGAGUCUCGUCUCCGUGGUUGAUGUGUACGGAUCUGUGAUCUUAAUGGCCAAAGAUCAGACUGGUUGUCGAGUAUNUUUCUCUCUCCUCUUCUCUCUUCGUUUCUACACACUUUUACUCUGUUUCUGA